GCGGCGGGGUGGGCGAAGAUGCCGCUGCCGGUUCAGGUGUUUAACUUGCAGCAGCCAGCCAGCUCUGUGUCAGGGUCGGGGGGUGCAGAGAGUCAGGACAGAAUGAGGGAUAGCCCGGCCCCCAGCGCGGCCGCCGCGUCCGUGACAGCGCUGUGCCCCGCGCCCCCCAGCAGUAGGGCAGACGUCUUCCUGCCGGGCACGGCCGGGGACUGCAGCCUGAGCGCCAGCCUGUCGGCCUGUACGCUGCUCUAUGAGGGGGCCGUGGAGCCCAUGCAGAUAGAUGUGGACCCCCAGGAGGACCCUCAGAACGCCCCUGAUGUCAGCUACGUGGUGGAAAACCCUACCCUGGACCUGGAGCAGUAUGCAGCCAGCUACAGUGGCCUGAUGCGCAUCGAGCGCCUGCAGUUCAUUGCAGACCACUGUCCCCCGCUGCGGGUGGAGGCCCUGAAGAUGGCCCUGUCCUUCGUGCAGAGGACCUUCAAUGUGGAUGUGUAUGAGGAGAUCCACCGGAAGCUCUCAGAGGCCACCAGGGACCUGCAGAGCACGCCGGACGCCAUCCCUGAGAGUGGCGUGGACCCCCCACCACUGGACACGGCCUGGGUGGAGGCCACUCGGAAGAAGGCCCUGCUGAAGCUGGAGAAGCUGGACACAGACUUGAAAAACUACAAGGGCAACUCCAUCAAGGAGAGCAUCAGGCGCGGCCACGAUGACCUAGGUGACCACUACCUCGACUGUGGGGACCUCAGCAACGCCCUCAAAUGUUACUCCCGGGCCCGGGACUACUGCACCAGCGCCAAGCACGUUAUCAACAUGUGCCUCAACGUCAUCAAGGUCAGCGUCUACCUGCAGAACUGGUCUCAUGUGCUGAGCUACGUCAGCAAGGCUGAGUCCACCCCUGAGAUCGCAGAGCAGCGUGGGGAGCGGGACAGCCAGACCCAGGCCAUCCUCACCAAGCUCAAGUGCGCCGCAGGGCUGGCUGAGCUGGCUGCUCGCAAGUACAAGCAGGCAGCCAAGUGCUUCCUGCUGGCCUCCUUUGACCACUGCGACUUCCCCGAGUUGCUGUCACCCAGCAACGUGGCUGUGUACGGUGGCCUGUGCGCCCUGGCCACCUUCGACCGACAGGAGCUGCAGCGCAAUGUCAUCUCUAGCAGCUCCUUCAAGCUGUUCUUGGAGCUGGAGCCCCAGAUCCGAGACAUCAUCUUCAAGUUCUAUGAGUCCAAGUACGCUUCCUGCCUGAAGAUGCUGGACGAGAUGAAGGACAACCUGCUCCUGGACAUGUACCUGGCCCCUCACGUCAGGACCCUAUACACCCAGAUUCGCAACCGUGCCCUCAUCCAGUAUUUCAGCCCCUACGUGUCGGCCGACAUGCGCAGGAUGGCCACGGCCUUCAACACCACGGUGGCGGCGCUGGAGGACGAGCUGACGCAGCUCAUCCUGGAGGGGCUCAUCAGCGCCCGCAUCGACUCCCACAGCAAGAUCCUGUAUGCCCGGGACGUGGACCAGCGCAGCACCACCUUCGAGAAGUCCCUGCUCAUGGGCAAGGAGUUCCAGCGGCGCGCCAAGGCCAUGAUCCUGCGGGCGGCUGUGCUGCGCAACCAGAUCCACGUCAAGUCCCCGCCCCGGGAAGGGAGCCAGGGCGAGCUGACGCCGGCCAACAGCCAGUCCCGCAUGAGCACCAACAUGUGAGGGGCCUCCCUCCGCCUCCGGGAAGACCCGCAUGCUCCACCCACAGCCCGCAGACUCGGACUCCUGGAGGGGCCCCUGCCGUGUGCCCAGGGCACAGGGGUCAGCCUGGAAGGAGAGGAGGGCCCCCUACUCUGGCAUCCUCCGGGGCUGCAGGCCGUUGUCUUAGUCCAUUAAAGAGCAGCCUGAGAACA